AGAUCAGCUGUCAAAUAUUUAAAUUUAUAUUUUUCAUGAUUUUUACACAUGUCACUCUAAAAUAAAUGGCUAAACGUUUCGUGCGUGUUUUCAUUCGGGCUAUAUUUCAUGUAAUUUUCUACAUCUGGCGACCGUUAAUUAAAAUGGAAAUAUUACGAAAAGAACGAGGUAUAGCCAGGAGGCUUUUUACAACCGCGAAAAAAGAAUUUCAAGCUAAUUUAGAGUCAACAAUUAUCGACGAAAUCACCGCGGCCUUCAACAAACUCCAGCUUCGAGCCGAUUCCCUGUUCAACGUUGACCUACGUAUAAAAGAACAGUGGCUAAAAACGGACGAGAUGACUGAAGAUGAAAUUUAUGAAGAUUGCAUGACCAGCGAUAAGUAUGUAAGCGACUGGGAGCGUAUAAAAGUCAUGUACGAAAACGUUUCUCGGAAGAACGAACGCAUGAAGAGGUCUUGCAAGUCUAGCGGCAGCGAUGUGUCGAAUAACACACAAAAAUCUCAUCAAUGUUGUGAGAAGUCGGCAUGCAGUAGUGCUUGUCAUUCAAGACGAUUCCGUCUACCGAAAUUUGAGUUACGGAAGUUUGACGGCAAUACGAAAAAUUGGAUUGGUUUUUGGUGUCAAUUUCAGAAAAUCGACGACGACGAGACAAUAGACGAUGGAGAUAAGUUUCAGUACCUUUACCAGUGCACUGUUCCAGAUACUCCAGCGCGAGAGAUCGUCGAGAGCUUUCCGCCGUCGGGAGAUAACUACAAGAAGGCUGUUGAGCAAUUGAAGUCCAGGUUUGCACGUGACGAAAUGUUGAUCGACAUUUAUGUGCGUGAACUGCUUAAUCUUGUACUAGCACAAGCAAAAGUUGAGUCCGCCUUGCCCGAAUCUGUUUUACGAGCAUGGCAGAGAUCCCAUGUACUGGAGGAGAAGGGCGACGAUCAUCUGAACCAGCUUAUGCAGUUCCUGAAACGCGAAGUGGAGUCGGAGGAGCGGAUCCAGCUCGCGCGCACCGGGAUAGCAUCGGGUGACAGUUUGCAUAGCGUUUCUACUCAACCCACCGCGGCAUGCUUGGUGUCAACGGAAGACGCAGGUAAGAAGAUUUGUUGCGUUUGGUGUGAAAAGGCAUCGCAUAGCAGUUUCGAGUGCUACAAAGCUAACAAAAUGUCGUAUGAAGCUAGGAAGGAUGUGCUAAAUAAAAAAGGAGCGUGCCUUAUUUGUUUAAAAACCGGACAUAAUGCGAAAAGAUGCAAAAAUUUCACAAAAUGCCUUUUCUGCUCCAAACGUCAUUCUGUAUUGAUGUGCCCUGACAUUAAAACGUCAAGUCAAAAUGAAACUGAAAAAACUUCGAAUGUUGAAACGUCAAAUUUAAAUAAUAACGUAACUCAAUAUAAGGCUAGUACUACACUGUUGCAAACGUUCAUGGCGAAUAUUAUGACCAAUAAGAAAUGUAUACGGGUACGAUGCUUUAUUGAUUCGGGUGCACAGAAGACUUAUUUACGUCGCGAUAUAAUAGAAAAUUUAGACUUGAAACCUGUCGGCAAAGAAAUCGUGUCAAAUUGUCUUUUUGGCGGGAUUGAAACUAAGAAGGAACUAUUUCAUACCUAUGAGUUAAAGCUAGCAAGCUUGGAUAAGAAAUUUGAAUGUACAAUGACCGCGCGAGACAAGUCUACGCUCUGCGGGUAUAUUCCUCGUUUAAAUGUAGACCAUGACAUGUUUAAAGAGUUACAGAAACAUAAUAUUACGCUGAGCGACGUCGGCGAUGCGGCAGCACCUGACAUCGGGCUGUUGAUCGGCGCAGACCACGCAGGCGUGUUGCUCACGGAGAGUUUCUUAAAACUGAACAAUAACCUCGUGGCAAUAAAAACUAAAUUUGGAUGGACGCUUCAAGGACCUGUUAUGAACACAUGCAGUGUCUUAAUGAACGUAGUAUUAGAAAAUGAACAUAAGUUGAAAGAAAGUAAGAAAGUAGUGCUCGCUAACAACACUGCAGAUUAUAGUACGUUUCUAUCUACACUGACUUUCAUCUUUAAGUACAUUAUAGACCUAAUAGCCGGUCUUUCUUUUCUGCGGUCCGGAGGGAAGGUUGGGAUAAUUUUGUUCAUGUGUGCAGUUUACCGAGCCGUGCAUAUCGAAUUGACCAAACCACUAAUGACAGAAGCUUUUCUCAUAGCCUUACGAAGAUUUAUCCCGAGACGUGGAAGAGUUGACACAAAAUACACGGAUAAUUCUAACUUCCACGAAGCUGAUAAUCUUCUGAUGACUCUGAACGUGAGGAACAUUAAGAGGAAGUUUAGUUCUCCUGCAGCGCCAUGGCGGGAAGAUUGGUGGGAGCGUCUCAUACGCUCUUUGAAGGACCUCAUGAAACGAAACUUACCUUGCCAGUUCCACAGUGAUGAACAGGCUCACAGUAACGAGAACAAACAGUUGCUUAUCCAGAAGGGCAAGGAGAGGGACUCUAAUUUAAGGGUAGGUGACAUAGUUUUAAUAAAGAUGGACACAAAGCGUACUAUGUGGCUUUUAGGGAGGAUUGUAGAAACUUUCUCCGGUACAGACGGUUGCGUAAGAGUGGCUAAGAUGCGCACAACAGAUGGAGAGUUCACACGAGCAGUGCAACGCCUGUACCCACGCGAAGUACAGGCUGGCGACAUAUAGAGAAGAGUUUUGGGCCUCUUGCCCAAGGUGGGAGGAUGUUGCAAACUCUUUUUGAGAUCAGCUGUCAAAUAUUUAAAUUUAUAUUUUUCAUGAUUUUUACACAUGUCACUCUAAAAUAAAUGCCUAAACGUUUCGUGCGUGUUUUCAUUCGGGCUAUAUUUCAUGUAAUUUUCUACAUGGCUCUUACAAAACCUGGCUCUUUCAUGCCACUUCUCCCUACAUAUUUUACUUUCCUCAUAUUCGAAAUGAAAAGUACAGGGUUUAACUCGGGUGAAAUGGUGCCUAUUUCAGUCUUGGACUAUUGGUAAUAAAAUAGCCAUGUUUUAUUUAAAUACGCAUGUACAUAUUUUACUUUCCUCAUAUUCGAAAUGAAAAGUACAGGGUUAAAUAUUUCUAUAGUAGAUUGUUAACCAAUCCAUUGGUUAACAAUAACUAUAGAAAUACUUUUUAGCCUAAAACACGUACACGAUACACAUACGCCUGUGGAUCCUGAGUUAGGAUUUCCUGUGUCACAAUAAGAUUUAAUUCCUAACUUAAAGUGUUAAAUGUAUGAAAUCUAUGGCAUCAUAUUUUGUUGUUUUGAACGCUUUUGAACCUACCUAUCAAACCGCUUCCGACUAUUUAACACUGACAACCCCAUUAAAAAUGUCAAUGUUCAUGGCAUUUGUUGUCCUGCUGGAGUCCUGGGCCGGGCAACUGACACGGAUAACACAGGAUCGAUUAUUUUCUAUUUUUACUCAUUCGUGCCGUGCACCUCUGCAGUAGCCCGAACGGAAUGAGUUUUCGUUAAACUAACAAAGGACGCCCGGGGGUCAUCAACUCAUCAUUGAGCCCUGAAAGGAUUUUUAUGUUUUCAGUAAUCCACCGGCGAUUUUUUUUAAUGGUACACAGUUUAUACAAUCAUUUUGCUGUUAGGCCUUUUUAACUGACUUCGAAAAAGGAGGAGGUUCUCAAUUCGUUAGAAUCUUUUUUUUUUUCAAUAAUCGAACCUGCCGAAGUUAUAAGUUAUAACAAUUGCUUUGAUAAUAUAUUCAAGCACAACAAAAGAAUAUGAACUUGAAAUUAAUAAGACUGUUAAUGAUAUCAUUACUUGGAUGGCUAACAAUGAAUUAAGCAUAAAUUUGUCUCACUUUGUUCAAUUUCAUACGAGCCGUAGACCAGGUUUGGCAAUUAACAUAUCGCAUAAAGCAGACGCAAUUACACAGUCAGAGACGACUAAAUUUCUUGGACUCAUACUUGACAGUAAUUGUAAUUGACAAUGUCAUAUAACCGAACUAUGCUCCAAACUUUCAAAGUUUGUCUUUCCAAUACGUAGCCUGAUUGAUACAUAAUGCAUCGGAAAAAGCGGGUUAUCAUAUUUUGGUUACGUUCAGUCUAGCAUCACGUACGGUAUAAUUUUUUUGGGAAAUUCUACCGACUGGUUAAAAGUUUUUAAGAUGCAGAAACGAUGUGUAAGAGCGCUCUGUGGGCCAUCUCAAAGAGACUCCUGUGAGCCUCUUUUUCAUAAAUAUAUAAGAUUUUACCACUACCUUGUUUAUAUAUCAAAGAAAUUGCUAUGUUUGUAAAAAAUAACCUUAAUUUAUAUCAAAGGAACGAUAGAUUCCACCGUAACAUGAGAAACGUGUACAAACUCGUAAAUACGCAUCAAACAAAAUCGACAUUUUUCAAACAUACAUAGCAUUUUUUCCAUGGCAAUCAAGAUCUAUAACAAUAUUCCGGAUGUAUUUAAGAAUCUUGACAGUACUAGAUUUAAAAAAGCACUUAAUGAAUCGCUAUUGAGCAAAAUGUUUUAUUCUCCACUUGA